GCAGUCAAACUUUCGCCCCACCGCAGUCCAACACAGGCUUAGAAACUGCUUUGAUCAUGUAUCAUGACCACCAUCUCGCAAGGGGCUCAGACGCUCUGUCUCAGAGUCUGUCCGCAUCAGUUAGAGGAAGAAGAGGUGCUACCAAUCUAUCGUAUCCCAAGAGCCCUGGUUCAUCAGUGGUGGAAACCAAAACUUGGGUAGGACCUUGCGAUUUGGGUGACGACACCCACCUAGCCCCCAUCAAGAGUUUCACGCUUCUAUUCGACGAAAUAUUCUACCGAGACACUUCGCUAGUAGCCAAUGGAGGACGAAAGUCUCAAUCUACUGCCUCUAUCAGGGAGGGAACGUCUACCUUUCCUCAACCGUCCUACAAUGCUCGUGCCUCACGGCGUGGAACACGGUUCCCGCACUUUUAG